AUUUCCAUUCCCCCAACUCCAGAAUUCUCGGCGCAGCAUAAACAAGUCUCUCUCCCUCUCUCUCUCUUUCUACGGAAAAGCUAGGUCCAUUAGGCAAAAACUUCAAUAGUUGAUUUGGUUCUCAGGCAGCCAUCAAUGGCAUUGGCAAGGAUUGCCAGAACCGGUCUACGAAGGACAAGAAUUUCUUCUUCCUCUCCUGCAAGUUUCUUCACACUCUCAGAGCAUUCUCCCGUCACAACAAGCUCCAUUCUAAAUCCACCUCGGACAGCAACUUCUUACUACCAAACAGUGAACCAUGCGAGUUUCUGGAGCAGCAGGGGAUUCAGGGGAACCCCAAAUCACCAGUUUCCGAGUGCAGAGCGGAUUGUGGACGAUCAUUUCGAGCACAAUGAGCCGAAACGCCCUGGCCUAGAGGCGACUAAGCGUGGCGAGAAGCCGAGGGUGGUGGUUCUGGGGACCGGAUGGGCUGCUUGUAGGUUCAUGAAAGGGCUGGACACCAAAAUCUAUGAUAUCGUCUGCAUUUCUCCGAGGAAUCACAUGGUGUUCACUCCUUUGCUGGCUUCGACAUGCGUUGGGACGCUGGAAUUCAGGUCUGUUGCUGAGCCAGUGAAUCGGAUUCAACCUGCGUUGGCUUCGGCGCCUGAUUCGUACUUCUACUUGGCGUCUUGCCUUGGCAUUGACACUGACAAACAUGAGGUGAUCUGCGAAACGGUGACCAAUGGCGGGCUGCCCAAGGAACCACACCAGUUCAAAGUAGCUUAUGACAAGCUUGUGAUAGCUGCUGGAGCCGAGCCACUGACUUUCGGGAUUAAGGGUGUGAAGGAACAUGCAUUCUUCCUCAGAGAAGUUAACCAUGCUCAGGAAAUCAGGAAGAAACUCCUCCUCAACCUCAUGCUCUCUGACAGCCCUGGAGUACCCGAAGAAGAAAAGAAGCGCCUUCUCCACUGCGUUGUGAUUGGCGGAGGCCCUACUGGCGUGGAAUUCAGUGGCGAGCUCAGUGACUUCAUCGGCAAAGAUGUUCGCGAGAGGUUCUCUCAUGUCAAGGAUGACAUCAAAGUCACCCUCAUCGAGGCGAAUGAGAUCCUAUCGUCCUUCGAUGUUGGGCUACGACAGUAUGCAACGAAUCAUUUGACAAAGUCUGGAGUGAGGCUAAUGCGUGGCGUAGUAAAAGAAGUGCACCCGAAGAAGAUUGUUCUGAACGACGGAACCGACGUUCCCUAUGGUCUCCUUGUUUGGUCCACCGGCGUCGGUCCUUCAGAGUUCGUCAAGGAGCUGGACCUCCCCAAGUCCCCUGGCGGAAGAAUCGGAGUGGACGGCUGGCUGCGAGUCCCGUCGGCGCCGGACGUUUUCGCUCUAGGCGACUGCGCCGGCUUCCUCGAGGAAACAGGGAGGCCAGUGCUGCCUGCUCUGGCUCAGGUCGCCGAGAGGCAGGGGAAGUACUUGGUCGGGCUCUUCAACGACCGGAUCGGGAAACAGAACGGCGGCAAGGCGAAUGCCAUGGCGGGGAAAGACGACAUUCCUCUCGGAGAUCCGUUCGUGUACAAGCAUAUGGGAAGCAUGGCGACGGUGGGGAGGUACAAGGCCCUGGUGGAUUUGCGGCAGUCCAAGGACGCCAAAGGGCUGUCCAUGGCUGGGUUCUUGAGCUGGCUGAUUUGGCGCUCUGCUUACCUGACGCGCGUCGUGAGCUGGAGGAACCGGUUCUACGUGGCGGUCAACUGGGCGACGACCUUCGUCUUCGGCAGGGAUAACUCCAGGAUAUGAAAGAGUUUAAUUUUAUGAUCACGAUAAUGAAUGAUUCUUUUUGGGUCUGAUUGAAUCUGUGACAGUUCCAUUACUAUUAUGUUGAAUCGAUUUUUUUUUUUUGGGUCGAGAUUGCAAUGUUCUGAGAAGAAGGGGGGAAGAUGAAAUCAACACACACAAAAAAUCAGAUUGAACCAGAAAUCAAAAUUCAUUUCUCUCUGUACAAAUCCCCUGUUUCCGCCAUCAAAACUUGCAUUAGCCGGAAGGCGAGAAACUACUUUUCUAGAGACGACCCAUCCGAAGCUUUCAAGAAAUUCGUCUUUACAACGGAGAAUCGACGAAGACUCCGGCUCCUGCCCGGCGGCGGAAGGAGAAAAUGGAAGCGAGGGAGUGAGCGAGGCCCGUCACUAUCGCCACCUUCACUUGCCCUCGCUUGGGGAUCGGCCGGCGCGAUAGUCUCCUCCUCGACGAGGAUGCAUUGCUACCGCCGAAAGAACCUGAGCCUGCCAUCUCCGAUUUGCGAGUUUAACUUCGCCGCCGGUGAGGGGAGGAAGAAAGGAAUUGAGAUCGGAGGUGGAUUGAGUUUUCGAUGU